UUCUUGCAAGAAGUGAAUGAUUUUUGUGGGGCAAAUGACAUUUCAAUAACAAACAUGGAUGAUGAUGCUCCAAAGCGGAUUAGUAAGAGGAAUGGUUCAAACAUCAAGAACUACCAUCAUUAUCGCGUUGAAAUAUUUUGUCAGGUCGUCGACUUACUUACACAAGAGAUGGAAAAUCGUUUCUCUGAGGCAUCCACAGACUUGCUAAGUUGUAUGGCAUGCCUCGAUCCAAAAAAUGAUUUCGCUGCUUUUAAUGUUCAUAAGCUUGUUCAUCUUGCUACUCUUUACCCAAAGGACUUCACAUCGACUCAACAUACUGAAUUGUUACACAACUUGAAACUUUUAUUGAUGUUGUGA